AUGUUGAUUUCCUUAAGGUUCGAAGACUUCGAUUCCUUAGGGGUGACAAACGAGGAAGAAUUGGAUCUUCUAUUCACAUUUUUCAUCAUGCGAACCGAUGCGACUCAGGGAAAAGAGAAGCCACCGCGAACAGCCCGAACUAUUCGAUUGGUCGAGCCGCAUGGACCGAUUCAACCGGAACCGGAAGAGAGUGUUGAAUCUGAGACCCAGGUGGUCAUUACACCUUCUCAGCCCGUGGACUCUGAAAAUCACGUACAAACGGAAGAGGACAAAGAAUCGGAUUUGACCUCCACAGACGAGGCCGUGGCCACAGAUGUGCCAACUGAUGAACCAAAAGAUAUACCGCUUCUGCACUCAGAACCAAUGGGACCGGUGAAGCGCACUUCCAUGGGCGUAACACGGACGAAUGACUACGGCACGGAAAUUCUCGACUCGGUAAAGCAACAGAUGUGGUCUACGGAAACCCACAAAGAUCCAGAAAUAAAGCACACAAGUUUGAGUGAUAUGACAGAACUCACCCUGAUGGCGGCGGAAGAAGAAUUGAUGGUUUCAAAAUGUUGGAGUCUAAUUGCACCGGUUAAUGUGGUCAAUGCAUUGCAUCAAUUCACGAUGGAGAUGCAACGUCUUAGUUCCCGUUGUCCCGGGACCAAUCGUUCUCGACCAGAAGCACCAUCUGAAUUAGAGCAAUCGAAAAACCUUAGGUCUCAAGUGGUCACGGAGGAGACUGAACAAAUAUGGGAUCAUUUGUCAAUUGCACUGGAACGUUAUUUGAGCAUAUUAAAGCAUCGCGCCCAAGUGAUCCGUGAGUCAGAAGCAUUGCGUCGGCAAAACGAAGAACUGCGACACCUGCUACAACAGUAUCUAAGUGCCAAGGUCAAUUAUGAAUUGCAAGUACCCCCGGCGAGAACGUUGCAGUUGAACUGA